GGUCACUUACAGGUACUUCACUUGCAUCGAAAGAUUUUACUCACUUUUUCAGACAUGCUUCCCCGAUUGCUGGCCUUGGCCGCAAGCGCUGCGUCGCUGGCGCCGCAGCCUCAACGCGCCUUGCCGACCGCGUUGCAACGGCAGGCCGCCACCGCGGCGCUGGCUGGUGCUGUCGUCGCGUCACCCCUCGCGGCGGUAGCCUUGUCGGUGGACGUGACCGACAUCAACUCGCCGCCGGUCGUCGACCUCCCGGUCCUCGGCCGCUUCGGAGUGUCGCCGAGCAAAGCGAAGCCGACCGUCAAGGUCUCGGGCGACCUCGUCGGCACGGCGCUCUCUGCCAAGGACGGCAAGGUCAAGGUCACGGUGUCCACGCCUAAGAUCGGUCCGCUGCCGGCGCUCGACGACGAGGUGCUCGAUAUCCGCAUCGCGUCGUCACCGGGCACCGUCGGCGUGUCCAUCUCCAACCCGGCGAUCCCGAAGCUGCCCGUCGGCGGCGGCACGUCCGACUGGAACGUCGUGCAGAACCUCGGCUCCGGCGCGACGUAUUAUUUCAAUUCCAAGACCGGCGUCACGCAGUACGCCAACCCCGUUGCGCCGUCGCCCAAGCCCGCGAAAAAGGCCGCCGCGCCCGCCGUGCCCGCGGCCGCGCCCGCCGCCGCCACGGCCAUCGCCGCCAAGGCCGCGACGCAGAAGAAGACGCCAGCACCCAAGAAGGCUGCUCCGCCAAAGCGCGAGAAAGUCAAGGGCAAGGCGUUGUUCAAAGGCGAGCAGAAGGCCGCCCAGCCCCCCAAAAAAGCCGCGGCGAAGAAAGCCGAGUCCAAAUCCGCUCCGAAGAAGGCCGCCGCCGCCGCCGCACCGAAGAAGGCGGCGGGGCCCGCGCCGUCCGCGCCGAAGAUCGAGCUGCCCAGAAAGACGAAGAAGGUGGUGGGAACCCCCCUGUUCAAGAAGUAGGGCGACUAGUAAGAUAAGGCGCAGUAAUAGUACACGUGCCGUUCAG